AUGACGUCCAAGGCCUGCAUCUUCGUCCUGCUCUUCGCUGCAGCUCUUCUCCAUACAGGGCAUGCCGGUGGGGACCCCGGGCCGUGCGAGCUGGAGGACAUCCGCGUGUCGUCGGUGCUGACGGGGCGGCGGGUCCUGAACGUGCCGCAGCACGAGGUGACGGUGGAGAACCUGUGCUCGUGCCCGCAGAGCCGCGUGGUGAUGUCGUGCAACCUCGGCGAGGUGAAGGCGGUGAUCCUGGACACGACCAAGAUCCGGCUGCUGAACCGGGAGGAAGGGCUGUGCCUCAUCAACAGCGGCUGGCCCAUCUUCAACGGCAAGCCCAUCACCUUCACCUACGCCGCCAAGACGCCGCUCGACUUCACCCUCUACAACGCCUCGCCGGAAUGCCGGGCGUGAGACACGGUCCAGGCCAGUAUUUUGGUUUUUGCGUUGGAGUGCCUUCUUUUAUCGAAUGCCCGCAGUUGGAAUGGCAACACCAAAAUGCGUCUGUUCCUUUCUGUGUAUCAUGUCUCAUUGCCUCCAUUCUUCAUGUCCUUCCUACGCACCCAAGCAAUUAUUCUGUAGUCCUAUCCAUCCCAAUAAACUGGUAUUGUGGUCGCCAUGACAUCACUUACAGAAUACAGGAUGAAAUGCUUCUAUACGAUGUUUUUUAUGCACGCAAAAGCGUACCUUUUUUUUCAACGAUUUGAAGACGCUAGCCACAUUUGCCAUGUCUUGUUUUUUUUGGGUUUCGUUUGUCAUGAUGAUGAUCGGAUGGUAUUAAUGCGUUCUUAAAAUUUUGGGAAUGAGUGUAAGUUUUGCAUCAGUGAAACUGUGAAAGUAGACGAGAAUAUAUCAAAAAUACCACAGAUGUGAAAUUUUACAAAAAAUAAUAUAAAGAUUUGCCCAAAAUAUUAGUAUAGGCAGGAGCCGCGGGCGGCACCAUAUUGAUACGAAUUUUUUUCUUUAUACUAUCUCUGUAUGGAAAUACUUGUAGCUGGGGGAAACUAGUACAAGUUCCCAACUAAAAAUAUUUCGAUAUAGCCGUGACGUCAGAUCGUUUUCUCUCUCUUCCUGGCGGCUGGAACCCUAGCCGCCGCCAGGAGGCCAAUCUUCUAGCGUCGUCCUCCGGCGGCUCCCUCGGUCGUCAGUGGUGAGGGGG